AUGACUAAGCAAGUGAAAGCAGCUGAAAAAGUGGAUGCCAUAUUGUCUGCAGCAGAUAGAGUAAAGAAUGCUUUCUACAGCGUCAAGGUGUCUAAAAAGGAGGCAAACGAGCUCGAAAGACAACUAGAGGGAGAACUUUUUGAGAAGUGGAACGAAAGUUUCGAAUCAAUGCAGUGUACAAAAGUACCUCUUACUGACCUAAAACCGUUUUUAGAUCGUUUGGAAAAUUCUUAUGAAGGCAUCGACAAAAAAGUAAGAAAGAAAAUGGAAUUGAUCAUGUUUAGUGGAUCUUGGCAAGACAAAAUCAUGGAAUGGAAGUUUAACAAAGGUGAAACAGGUGCUCGAUAUGGCAUGAUGGCGUUUGGUAAAUCUGCAGAUGGGAAAGAAAUUGAUUGCAUGUACAUCCUUUACAAGAUGGAUUUUAAAGUGGCUCCAAAGGUAACAGUCACCACCAAACAUACAUCCAUCUUGUUCAGCUUAUUUGAAUGGAGCAUACCAGAAGAGAAAACAGAACCACGUUUUUUAGGGCAUCAAUCAAGGAAACGAUUUCAAAACUAUUUUCGACUGAAAGCAUUGGAGGGUUUCUGCAGCGAGGGUGUAAUUGACAGAGUCAGUUAUGUGAAUUAA